GUUCUGUUGUGCUCGCAAACGGGGAGUAGAUGCGUUCUGUUGUGCUCGCAUCGCUCUUCCACAGCUCCUCCGACAACACCAUCAUCAUCAUCAUCAUCAUCAUCAUGACUCCGUUCACUGCUUCUUUCAAUGGCGGUUCCUGCUCCCAUCGUCUCAAGCAGCGGAUUGGCCACGGUUUUUUGAGUUGACGUUCAGCUUCCAUUCGUUUCUAGGGCUUCUUUUUUGUGUUUGAAUUUUGAUCUGGUGGUUAGGGCUAGGGUUUUGUAACGUGGAUUGGUUUGGAUUUUGAUUCGACUUCUGUUUGGUGGAUUUGGAGGCUCUUGAUUCUGGUUCUAAGCUCAAAUCAUCGCCGUUGAGUUGAGGUUAUAAGUGCCAGAUUUCACUAAUGGGCGUCUCAGUUCAAUAUCCUGACCCAGUUAAGGAAGAUUUAUUUGGCCUCAAUGACUGGGGGCAGAUAUGGAGUAACUUUAAGGAAGUUGAUUUGGUGGCAGAGCUGGGAAGUGCUCUUGAAGAUGCUCUAAUUUUGCUAUCUACUUCAGCUCCACACUUGGAGGGGUGUGAGGUUUGUUUUGUAGAAAAGAACAAAGAUUGUGGGGAGUUGAUUAUUAAUCAAGAUGAACCUUCGAUGUUAACAUCUAAUACAAAAUUGGGAGAGAAUGUGUCAUUACCAUGCUCCGGAAAUGUGCUUUUCCAUGAUGUACGUGUGAAUGGUAACGACAAGAUAUCAAAUGCAGCAUUGGAUGAACAUUGUUCUUUAGAAUCUGGCAAUCCAAUGUCUCUUCCUACUUCUUUGAAAGUUGUCUCUGCUAUGAAAGGGAGUCGUGAGAAACAAGGACUCCAAGUUGAGAAGAUGAGUGUCAGUUGGGCAGCUGAUGUGUACGACCCGCCUCCUAUAUCCCAAUCGCACACAGUGACAAGACAGAUGAACAAGAAGAGUCAUCCGCACAAGCACAAGCAGCACAAAGCAAAAUCUUCACGAAGUAGCAACAUUGACAAGAAACAACGCCACCGGAAAAGGAAUAGCUCAUCGAAAGCUGCCAGCUACUAAGUGAUAGAAUGUUGUUCGGUGAUUUGGUCAUCGGUUGUUCUACGAACACAGAAUGCACAAGAAUGGAUAAUAUUUAAAGCGUUUGUGCAGAGUAUGUUAUACUUUUGCAGGCAACUUGUUUGAUGCCUUUCUACUAUGCAAGAUGAAUGAGUACAGGUUUGAUGCCUUUCUUCAGUACUUCAACAAUCUCUAACCGAAUGAUCAAAUGUCACGUGACAUUAAUGUCAUUCCCUAUGCCAAA